AUGGCCGCGGCGGCGGCGGGAGGAGCCCCGGGCCCGGCCCCAGGCCCCGGCCCCGGCCCCACCGCCAGGGCCCCGCCGCAGGCGCUGCGGAGACGCGGGGACUCGCGGCGCCGCCAGGCCGCGCUCUUCUUCCUCAACAACAUCUCCCUGGACGGGCGGCCCCCGAGCCUGGGCCCGGUCGGCGAGAACUGCCCGCCGCCGCCGCCGCCGCCCGCCGAGACCCGCGAGCCGCCCGCGCCGCCGCCGCCGCCCCCGGGGCCCCCGGGGCCCGAGCCCGCGCCCCCCGCCCCGCCCGGAAGCGCGGGCAGAGCCGCGGCGCCCCAGGGCCUGCUCAGCCCCGCGCCCGCGCCCGCCGGCCUCGGCCUGGACGCGCAGCGCCAGAGAAGGCGGAUCGCCUCCCAGCGCUGCUCCCUCGAGUUUCUGGAGGACACGGUGGGAUGCCCCUCGGUUCAGAGAACCAAGCACAUACCUGGGUCCCCCAGACAUAAGGGCCUGAAGAAGACUCAUUUCAUCAAGAACAUGCGGCAGUACGACACCAAGAACAGCAGGAUUGUGCUGAUCUGCGCCAAGCGGUCCUUGUGUGCGGCCUUCUCGGUCCUGCCCUAUGGAGAAGGCCUGCGGGUCAGUGACCUGAGGGUGGACAGCCAGAAGCAGAGGCACCCGUCUGGCGGCGUGUCCGCUUCUUCCGAGAUGGUCUUUGAGUUGGAAGGUGUGGAGCUGGGAGCAGAUGGAAAGGUCGUGUCCUACGCCAAGUUCCUGUACCCUACCAACGCCCUGGUCGCACAAAAGACAGACGGCCAUGGCCCGCCGCCCCAGCCCCGGCCCAGUGUCCCCCGGGCUCUGCCAGCGUCCAGAUACAAGCCUGCUGCUGCCAAGUCGGCGCCCACCAGCUCGGAGCUAGGGAGUGACGCAGGGGACCCCCUGGAGUACAACCCCAACCUGCUGGAUGACCCGCAGUGGCCCUGUGGCAAGCACAAGCGGGUCCUCAUCUUCGCGUCCUACAUGACCACAGUGAUCGAGUACGUGAAGCCCUCCGACCUCAAGAAGGACAUGAAUGAGACAUUCCGGGAGAAGUUCCCACAUGUCAGACUAACACUCAGCAAAAUCAGGAGUUUGAAACGCGAGAUGCGGAACCUCUCUGAGGAGUGCAACCUGGAGCCGGUGACCGUGUCCAUGGCCUACGUGUACUUCGAGAAGCUUGUCCUGCAAGGCAAGCUCAACAAGCAGAACCGCAAGCUGUGCGCCGGCGCCUGCGUGCUGCUCGCCGCCAAGAUCAGCAGCGACCUCCGCAAGAGCGAGGUGAAGCAGCUCAUCGAUAAGUUAGAAGAAAGGUUCCGGUUCAACAGACGGGAUCUGAUUGGGUUCGAGUUCACCGUGCUCGUGGCCCUGGAGCUUGCUCUCUACCUUCCCGAGAACCAGGUGUCACCUCAUUACCGACGCCUCACACAGCAGUUCUAGUCGGGGACCCCACCCAGACAGCCCGUGCCCACGCCACUCGGCACACCCCCGUCGGGGGGCUGCCCCCUAGGCAGUGAAGUGCACCCCUGCGGGGAGGCGCUGGCCAGCCCUCACACGCUUGCUUCCUGGGCCGUGGCUUCCGUUCCAAAGAGCACUGCACCACCACGGCUCCCGAGCGCUCUCAUUCUUGCGCCAACAGGACGUGGGAUCUGCUUGUUCUCGCGGGCCUGAGACUGGCCUGGCACCGGACCUUGAUGCACCACGGCAUCUGCUCUUGUUCGUGUUGCCUCGCCUUCCACGUACCACGUACCAGCCGCCACCACAUGGUGUCACAGCAGAGAUCUGGGUUCCCACGUGUUGCUGAGAGUCAAAGUCAGCGCACUGUAGCAUUAAUCACGACUGUUUCUAGUUUCUUGAUGUGGAAACCACUGUGGAGCACACCCCACCCCACGGCCUGGCUCCGCCCAGCCCUGCUGUCCACUCACCCACCAGAGCCAGCAAGAGCAGUUUUACUCUUGGGCCUCUCUUCUCCUGAGCAUCGUGUCACUGUGAAGUCCUGAGACCCGAGUGUCGCACACCCCACAGGCCUCAGCGAUCACAGCUGUCCCAUGCAGGGACUGCCCUUCACCUCACAGGAAAACCCCGCUGGCCCAGGGCACUCCGGACCUCUGGACAACUGCAUUGCUGGCCUUUGGCUCUUGAUCUUACUAAGCAAUAUCGUGACAGGAAAACAACCUAUUUAUUGUCAUCUGAGAUUCUGUCCUGUAGGUCUUUUAAGGGAACACAAACUGGUUAAAUGAGGUGUGCUGAAGUUGACUUGAAAGCACACUUGAUCCUCAAGCUGGGAGACUGACCACUCAGCCCUGCACCCCUCGUACUGUCUCCCCAAGAGGGGCUAUCAAGGCCAACUGGCCGGUGCAUCACCACACUGAGCAGACCCUGGCUGCUGGCGCGUGUCACUCCCGUGCAGGCCCCCGUUCAGCUUUUCCAGGUCUGUCAUCCGUGCACGAAUUGUGUCCAGUUCUGCUGCUUGCUGCCCUACCAAACACACUGUAAGAACCAAUGACAGCUGGUCUGGAAAAUGGCCACGUUGCUUCCCUAGUGUACUACAAACUCAUCACUGGAGGGGCUCUGGGUCGGCCCCACCCCGCAUUCUCUCCAUGUGGACUGGUGUUUGCAGAAAGGCCAGUCCCGCUCAUCACAGCACCCAACCACCAGCAACUCAGCCCAGACCCCAGCAGAGGGGCAGGCCAGUCACAGCCCACUGCUGUCUGCAGGCCUGGCUGCUCCUCCCACACUCCUUCAGGCUAAUGGAGGCUGCAGGACGGAGGGCCAAGCCGCACUGCAUCCUUAACUCACUGCGGUGUCUCCCUCUCCAAGAUGGCCCCCAAACCCAGCGAGCGUACAAGGUGGAUCAGAGGGUGUAUGUAGCUGCUAGGCCCCGGCAAUUUCUGGAAAGCAACCUGUCCGACCACCAUACAUCUCAAAGACACUUGUUACAAGCACUGUAAGGGACUUUUAAAUUAUGUCCUGGUUUACAACUUAGCCUCGAGGGACCUAUCUCCUUGGGAAUUUCUGUACAGAUGUUAGAACAGCAUAUAAGUAUGGUAAUUUAAAUUUGCACAUUUAUGUCCUAAGAUUUAGUCGUUUAUCAGUCUUGUCUGUAACCUUCCCGGCGGUGUCCUUAGCAGUGCUGAGAGCUGCCACUGUGUGGCACUCAAGAAUCCCCGCAGCAAAACCAGUGUUAAGCCAAACCUCAGCCUGAGCCCCAUCCUCUGGAACAAGCCGACACCUGAGGGUCCAGGCCCAGUGCCCAGCAGCUGUGCACCUGAAAUGUGUGUUAAGCAACUACCUGACCUCAGUGCCGAGUUGUGUCACAGACGUUUGUAUUUGUGCUUUACAGUAAAAUUUGGUUUUGCAGCAUGUUUCAUAGGUCAUCUCCUUUCAGCCGGCUGGUCCCUCCUCGUCAACCUUGCACAGCAAAACA